AGAGCGCUCUCAAACAUAGAGAAAGUAGAGAGAGAAAGUACAGACUAGAGAGAGAGAGAGAGAGUUUUCAGUCGUCUCCUUCCCAUCACCGGCCCUGUUCUUCUCUGUUUACAGGUUGAAGAGAAGAAGAAGCCGUUACGAUGACGUCCUCUCUCAGUAAGGACCUCAUCUUAUUGAUCAUGCAGUUACUUGAUGAGGAAAAGUUUCAACAAGCUCGUCAUAAACUUGAGCAAGAAUCUGGAUUGUACUUCGAUAUGAAGUAUUUUGAGGAAUUGGUGCUCGAAGGGAAGUGGGAUGAGGUCGAGCGGUAUCUCUUGGGGUUCACGAAAAUAGAUGACAACCGAUACUCAAUGAAGAUCUUCUUUGAAAUUCGUAAACAGAAGUAUCUCGAGGCAUUGGAUAAGCAAGAUAAAGCCACAGCAGUGGAUAUCCUAGUGAAGGAUCUGAAGAUGUUCGCGGGUUUUAAUGAAGAAUUGUUCAAGGAAAUCACUCAGCUCCUCACAUUAAACAAUUUCAGGGAAAAUGCUCAGCUCGCGAGUUACAGAGAUACAAAAACUGCGAGAGCCAUUAUGGUCAUGGAACUUAAGAAGCUCAUCGAGGCCAAUCCUAUUUUCCGUGACAAAACACAGUUCCCUCAGUUAAGACAUUCAAGGUUGCGGAUGCUCAUUAACCAAAGCUUGAAUUGGCAGCAUUCCCUUUGUUCAAAUCCUAGACUGAAUCCUGAUAUAAACACCCUAUUUGUGGACCAUUCUUGUAAGAAUUCCAAUGAUUCAUUUGCUCAAUUAACCGCAAACAGUCAGCUGACGGGUUCUGCACCAAAAGCUGAUGGUAUUCUUCCUAUGAGUGCAAAUGGGCCCUUCCAACAGCCGCUAGCUCCAGUUCAACCUCCUCUAUCCACAUGGAUAUCUAUUCCCCAAAACCAUCCAGCAGCUUCGGGAGGAGGUAAUGGUUUUGGUAGUCUAACAAAUCCAGCUUCAUCGGUGAGGGGUCCUGGGGAUUCUGAUGAUUUGUUCAAAACGCAAUUUACUGGGGAUCCAGAAAGGGGUAUGAUGCAAGGGAUCAAUCUAGGACAAAGUAGCAGUGCGUUCAACGCAGCAGAUUUCCCAAAGACUGUUGCUCGGACCUUGAAUCUGGGGUCAGUUCCCACAAGCAUGGACUUCCAUCCUGUUCAGCAUACACUACUUCUGGUUGGAACUAACACGGGGGACAUAAGUUUGUGGGAAGUUAGUUCUAGGGAGAAAUUGCUGUCGAGAAGUUUUCAGGUAUGGGAUAUCGGAGCGAGUUCAAUGAUGCUGAAGGUACACUGGAAUCAUCUUAACCUAUUUGAUUCUAAUGACACUCAGGCAACUCUGAUCAAGGAUCCAUGCGUCUCAGUAAAGCGUAUAUUAUGGAGCCCUGAUGGUACUCUAUUUGGAGUUGCAUAUUCUAAACACAUUAUCCAAUUAUACGCUUAUUUUGGUGGGAAUGAGAUUCACCAGCAUUUGGAGAUCGAUGCUCAUGCUGGUAGUGUUAAUGAUUUGGCAUUCUGCAACCCGGCUAAGCAACUUUGUGCCAUAACUUGCGGUGAUGAUAAGGCCAUUAAGGUGUGGAAUGCAACUACUGGGUCAAAGUUGUAUACUUUCGAAGGUCAUGAUGCUGCCGUGCAUUCUGUGUGCCCUCAUAACAAGGAAAAUGUCCAUUUUUUCUUUUCAACAUCAGUAAAUGGAAAAAUAAAAGCAUGGCUAUACGACAAUAUGGGAUACCGGGUGGAUUACGAUGCUCCUGGUCACUCAAUCACAACAAUGGCCUAUAGUGCAGAUGGUAAAAGGCUCUUUUCAUGCGGGACAAGCAAAGAUGGAGAAUCUCAUGUUGUUGAAUGGAAUGAAAAUGACGGUGUAAUAAGGAGGAACUACGUAGGAUUUCAAAAACCAUCUAUGGGUGUUGUUCAGUUUGAUACAAGCAAGAAUAAGUAUUUAGCUGUUGGCGAUGACUAUGCAAUCAAAGUUUGGGAUAUGGAUAAAAUCAAUAUUUUGACUACUAUUGAUGCUGAAGGUGGUCUACCAGCUAGUCCUUGCAUUCGCUUCAACAAGGAGGGCUCUUUACUGGCUGUUUCUGCAAACGACUGUAAAGUCAAAAUUUUAGCUACAAUGGAUGGUCUUCAGCUGAUGCGCACUAUUGAAAAUCACUCGACUAUUGCUACAAGAAAUGGAUCUGAGACUGCAAAAAAGAGUGGUAGCACCAGAAACAUGGAGGAGGUGAAACCAACUAGAUUAGCUGAAGAAACAAACACAAGGAUCUGGAAACUCACUCAGAUUACUGAAACUUCUCAGCUUCGGACCUUGAGGCUCUCGUCUAUAAUGAAAACAGACAAGAUUUCAAGGUUGACAUACACUUAUUCAGGUAAUGCCAUUCUAGCAUUGGGAUCCAGUGCCAUCCAUCACCUUUGGAGGUGGUCACGGGAUGACCAUAGUUUGCGAGCAAAGGCAACGACCAAGGUUACCCCGCAGUUCAUUCAACAACCUUCAGGCAUUCUAAUGACGAAUGAUCUUACUGGUGCUAAACCUGAUUGUGCACUACCUUGCUUUGCUUUGUCUAAGAAUGAUUCGUAUGUCAUGUCAACCUCUGGAGGGAAGGUAUCUUUGUUCAACAUGAUGACAUUCAAGACGAUGACAACUUUCAUGUCUCCACCCCCUGUGGCAACAAGUCUUGCUUUCCACCCUGAUGACAAUAAUGUAAUUGCUGUUGGCAUGGAUGAUUCCACCAUUCACAUAUACAAUGUCCGCAUAAAUGAGGUUAAGAUCAAGCUUAAUGGUCACUCAAAAAGAGUCACGUGUCUUGCCUUCUCCUAUGUUCAGCAUACACUUGUUUCUCUUGGAGCAGAUGCUCAGCUUAUUGUGUGGAACUCUGAUAAGUGGGAAAGGGGGAACAGUUGUUUCUUGCGAAUUCUGGCUGGAAGGACUCCUACAGCAAUGGUUGAAGCUCAGCUUCAGUAUCACAAGGAUCUGAUGCACAUCCUUGUAAUCCACGAGAGUCAACUUGCCUUAUAUGACUCGUUGAAACUUGAAUGUGAAAAGCAGUGGAUUGUAGAAGAACCUGCAGCACCAAUCUCGCACGCAACAUUCUCUUGUGAUAGCCAGCUCGUGUAUGCAAGCUUUAUGGAUGGAACCGUGCGCGUGUUUACAUCAAAUCUUCAACUCCAAUGCCAGAUUAACCCCAAUGCUUAUCUCCCACCUGAUGUCAGCAGUUCCGCAUCUCAUCCUCUAGUUAUAGCUGCACAUCCCCAAGAGCCAAACCAGUUUGCCAUCGGACUAACAGAUGGAACAGUUGUUAUAAUCGAGCCACUCGAAUCAGAGGACAAAUGGGGUAUGCCACCACAUGUCCACAACGGCCUCCAUACUACUGCAACUGAAGGAAGCUUGGGGAUUGGAAGGCAACUUCUCCCUUCUGAAAAGGCCUAGUUGGGACUUGCCGACUUGGAUUUAUUUUUCUUUUCUUUUGGCCAUUUCUAUAGUACUCUGGAACUUUUUAUUUCUGGGGCUAGUCCAAUAUGCCCAGAGUAGUAAUUGUCUCAGACUUUCUUUGCUUUGCUACAAUGACUCAGUUCACCCUCAUUCGAA